CCCCCUCCCCGGGCCACCCAUCUCGUGCAACUCCCAGCGGAGAGCAAGGUGUCAUCCUAUUUUCAUAGUCAACCAGAACAAUGUUCUACGCACAUUUUGUUCUCAGUAAAAGAGGGCCUCUGGCCAAAAUUUGGCUAGCGGCCCAUUGGGAUAAGAAGCUAACCAAAGCCCAUGUGUUUGAGUGUAACUUAGAGAGCAGUGUGGAGAGUAUCAUCUCACCAAAGGUGAAGAUGGCAUUGCGAACGUCAGGGCAUCUCUUAUUGGGAGUAGUUCGAAUCUAUCACAGGAAAGCCAAAUAUCUACUUGCAGACUGUAAUGAAGCAUUCAUUAAGAUAAAGAUGGCUUUUCGGCCAGGUGUUGUUGACCUGCCUGAGGAAAAUCGGGAAGCAGCCUAUAAUGCCAUUACUUUACCUGAAGAAUUUCAUGACUUUGAUCAGCCACUGCCUGACUUAGAUGACAUUGAUGUGGCCCAGCAGUUCAGCCUGAACCAGAGUAGAGUGGAAGAGAUAACCAUGAGAGAAGAAGUUGGGAACAUCAGUAUCCUACAAGAAAAUGAUUUUGGUGACUUUGGAAUGGAUGAUCGUGAGAUAAUGAGAGAAGGCAGUGCUUUUGAGGAUGACGACAUGUUAGUGAGCACUAGUGCUUCUAACCUCCUAUUAGAGCCUGAACAGAACACCAGCAAUCGGAAUGAGAAAAUUAAUCAUUUAGAAUAUGAAGACCAAUAUAAAGAUGAUAAUUUUGGAGAAGGAAAUGAUGGUGGAAUACUAGAUGACAAACUUAUUAGUAAUAAUGAUGGCGGUAUCUUUGAUGAUCCCCCUGCACUAUCUGAGACAGGGGUGAUGCUGCCAGAGCAGCCUGCACAUGACGAUAUGGAUGAGGAGGACAACGUGUCAAUGGGUGGGCCUGAUAGUCCUGAUUCAGUGGAUCCUGUUGAACCAAUGCCAACUAUGACUGAUCAAACAACACUUGUUCCUAAUGAGGAAGAAGCAUUUGCUUUGGAACCUAUUGAUAUAACUGUCAAAGAAACAAAAGCCAAGAGAAAGAGGAAGCUAAUUGUCGACAGUGUCAAAGAGUUGGAUAGCAAGACUAUUAGAGCCCAACUUAGUGAUUAUUCUGAUAUUGUUACUACUUUGGAUCUGGCACCACCCACCAAGAAAUUGAUGAUGUGGAAAGAGACAGGAGGAGUGGAAAAACUCUUUUCUUUACCUGCUCAGCCUUUGUGGAACAAUAGACUACUGAAGCUCUUUACACGCUGUCUUACACCGCUUGUCCCGGAAGACCUUAGAAAAAGGAGGAAAGGAGGAGAGGCAGAUAAUUUGGAUGAGUUUCUCAAAGAAUUUGAAAAUCCAGAGGUUCCUAGAGAGGAGCAGCAACAGCAAAAUCAGCAGCGUGAUGUUAUCGAUGAACCCAUUUUGGAAGAGCCAAGCCGCCUCCAGGAGUCAGUGAUGGAGACCAGCAGGACAAACUUGGAUGAGUCAGCCAUGCCCCCACCACCACCUCAGGGAGUUAAGCGAAAAGCUGGACAAAUUGACCCAGAGCCUGUAAUGCCUCCGCAGCAGGUAGAGCAGAUGGAAAUACCACCUGUAGAGCUUCCCCCAGAAGAACCUCCAAAUAUCUGUCAGCUAAUACCAGAGUUAGAACUUCUGCCAGAAAAAGAGAAGGAAAAAGAGAAGGAGAAAGAAGAUGAUGAAGAGGAGGAGGAUGAAGAUGCUUCGGGGGGUGAUCAGGAUCAAGAAGAAAGAAGAUGGAACAAGAGGACUCAGCAGAUGCUUCAUGGUCUUCAGCGAGCUCUUGCAAAAACUGGAGCUGAAUCUAUCAGUUUACUUGAGUUAUGUCGAAACACAAACAGAAAGCAAGCUGCAGCAAAGUUCUACAGCUUCUUGGUUCUUAAAAAGCAGCAAGCUAUCGAGCUGACCCAGGAAGAACCGUACAGUGAUAUCAUUGCAACACCUGGACCAAGGUUCCAUAUAAUUUGAGGAGCUAGAAGCAUUAUAGCUAGUGUUUAUUUCACUAGUGUGCAUACAAAUUGCCCCCGUGUGUAGGGCACACAAAACCCUUCAACAAAAUUUAGAUGUCUGUCUGUACAAAGUCUCUGCCUUUUUCUUCCUUCAUUUUUUUUUUCAGUAUUUUAAAUUUAUCAACCUCAUCUUUAAGGGAAACUGCUUAUAUGGGUUGUGUCUGUGUUCUGAUGGAGAAAGCAGCACGCCAAGGAUCCAGAAGAUUAUUUUAACAGUUCACAACAGAUGUGUGCAAUAUUGGUG